AUGGUGAAGGAAGAAGCAACGACAUCAUGCAAUGGGAAAAGUGAAGGUUGUUUGAGGUUGUUUGGUGUCGACAUCGUUGCAGAGAAACCUGUCAUGGAUGGUGAUCCUCCUCAGUGUUUGAGUUAUUGGCAUGGAGAGAAGGAGAUUAAUGAAAAACAAAAAUCCUCAAAUUUGUCUCAACUCCUUCGUCAACAACCUUCCUACUAUCAUGACCACAACAACAACAUCAACAUGGGGGAACUUACGAGAGGUGGUGAUUUGCAAUGUUCAAGAAUGGAACUUUUGGAUUAUUUUUGUGGAGAGAAUGAAGAAAAAUGCAAAGUUAUUUAUGUUGGUUCUUUACCUGGUUAUCCUAAGUUUAUUAGAUCAGAUAUUAAUCUGAAUGAAGAUAACGUGAUUAUGAGUGAUCCAAUGAACAUGAAUUAUUCAUUCAACCAAAGUUUGGAAGGUGGAUAUUUGUCAAAUAUCUUUGUUCAGCCAACACAUCCUUUCCUUGACAAUGACAUUAAGAAUAAAGGAAAAGCAUGGACGGAAGAAGAGCACAGAUAUUUCUUGUGUGGGUUAAAGAAGGUGGGAAAAGGGAACUGGAAGGAGAUAUCGAAGAAUUAUGUCAGAACCAAGACUCCAACCCAAGUUGCCAGCCAUGCCCAGAAAUAUUUUCUCAGACAUGGUGGCUAUGAAACAAGGAAACGAAGAAGAAGCCUCUUUGACAUGUCUUUGGAAGAUGAUAGAACUUCAAAACCUAAUGAUUGA